GCCGGCGCCUCCGCCACCGGGGAAAGCCGCUCGGCAGGGCCGAGGCCGGCAGCCACCCGAGACACCUGGGGAGCCUGGAACAAGCACUGGGGCGCGCGGCCCGGGGCAUGCGGCUGUGAACGCCACCACUCCCCACCCCACCCCAGGCAGCCCAGCGCCAGGCCGGCGAUCACCCAAGGACUUGACCGCCAGAGUCUUGGUCCGGACCGGACUCGCCCAGCGGCGGCCGAGAUAAGAGGCGGAGCGCAGCGGCGGGGCCGGGGGGCCCGAGGGCCGGGGGCCCAGAGGGAGGGCAAGGCGGCCCGAGCCGCCGGGGCGCGGGGCUAUGAUGGUGCACUGUGCUGGUUGCGAGCGGCCCAUCCUCGACCGCUUUCUGCUGAACGUGCUGGACCGCGCGUGGCACAUCAAAUGCGUUCAGUGCUGCGAGUGCAAGGCCAACCUCUCCGAGAAGUGCUUCUCACGCGAGGGCAAGCUCUACUGCAAAAAUGACUUCUUCAGGCGCUUUGGCACCAAGUGUGCGGGCUGUGCGCAGGGCAUCUCGCCCAGCGACCUGGUGCGCAAGGCCCGCAGCAAAGUCUUCCACCUCAACUGCUUUACGUGCAUGGUGUGCAACAAGCAGCUAUCCACGGGUGAGGAGCUCUAUGUCAUCGACGAGAACAAGUUCGUGUGCAAGGAUGACUACCUGAGCUCGUCCAGCCUCAAGGAGGGCAGCCUCAACUCAGUGUCAUCCUGUACGGACCGCAGUUUGUCCCCGGACCUCCAGGACCCACUCCAGGACGACCCCAAGGAGACAGACAACUCGACGUCUUCGGACAAGGAGACAGCCAACAACGAGAACGAGGAGCAGAACUCGGGCACGAAGCGGCGCGGCCCGCGCACCACCAUCAAAGCCAAGCAGCUGGAGACGCUCAAGGCCGCCUUCGCCGCCACGCCCAAGCCCACGCGCCACAUCCGCGAGCAGCUGGCGCAGGAGACCGGUCUCAACAUGCGCGUGAUCCAGGUGUGGUUCCAGAACCGACGGUCCAAAGAACGCCGGAUGAAACAGCUGAGCGCACUGGGCGCCCGGAGACACGCCUUCUUCCGGAGUCCGCGGCGUAUGCGUCCGCUGGGCGGCCGCUUGGACGAGUCUGAGAUGUUGGGGUCCACUCCGUAUACCUACUACGGAGACUACCAAGGCGACUACUACGCGCCCGGAGGCAACUAUGACUUCUUCGCGCACGGCCCGCCGUCGCAGGCGCAGUCCCCGGCUGACUCGAGCUUCCUGGCGGCCUCGGGGCCCGGCUCGACGCCGCUGGGCGCGCUGGAGCCGCCGCUCGCCGGCCCGCACGCCGCCGACAACCCCCGGUUCACCGACAUGAUCUCGCACCCGGACACGCCGAGCCCGGAGCCGGGGCUGCCGGGCGCGCUGCACCCCAUGCCCGGCGAGGUGUUCAGCGGCGGGCCCAGCCCGCCCUUCCCCAUGAGCGGCACCAGCGGCUACAGCGGACCCCUGUCGCACCCCAACCCCGAGCUCAACGAGGCCGCCGUGUGGUAA